AUAUAUAUAUACAUUUUGAAAAGACUAAACUAACUCUUAAUCCCUUAGUAAUUUAAGUUUUAUAUUCUAAACUAAGUAAUAGAUGUAACUAAGAUGAUUUGUUAUUUUUGUAUUAGUCUGGUAUUGAUCUUUAAUUUGCUUACCACUACCAAUCAUAAUCUUACGUUCAAUGUAUUAAAAUAAGAAAUAUAUUUCUUGAAUCAACGUUAUUCUGCCUAUCUAGAUACACAAAAUGUUUUCUAAGAAGUGUAAAUCAGCCUCCAAAAAUAUCUAUUGAUUGAAAUAUACUUGUCCGCAAGUCCCAAAAAGAUAUUUUCCAGUUCCUCUGAAGCUUGAACCCGUUCUACCCUUAUUUCGUUUUAGUGAUUCACCCCUCGGUUUCAAUUAAACACAAAAGUUCGUAUAGGAGCCCUGUGCUGACAAAGGGACUCCUCCUGUACCGUGUAUCUUCCGUCAACACGCGUAAUUGCAGUCUUUGUGAAAGCACGGUGAAUUACCUUCAUGAAUAGCGCGGUUACGAAUAGUAUUUUUAGACCAGUCCCGUAAAUAUUUAAAUCGCGCGCGGGUUUUGAGUGGGCUCGCUGGAGCACGCUCAUAAAGGAAUUCCACCUAAACCAUAAUGUACCGCAGGAAGUCGCACAAAAAUUAAAUCUCUUGUAAACAGUCACGUACAUGCUCAAAAAAAUGAUCUCAAUGUACACGCGAGAUGAGCCGGUACCACGUAAGAUAACUACGAAAAUGCCAACAAUUUUUUGUCCACAUUUUUAUCAAAACAGAUUUAAGUAAUAUGAGUAUCUAAUUCUCGGAAAAUACAUAUGUAACUAAUUUAAAAUCGCAACCCAAGUGGUUGCAGUCGAACGAACAGGACCGUCUUCAGGAUAAUAUUCCAAAAUUUGGUUUAAGAUUUGCGGACAAUAUAGCAAUACAAGCAUUUGGUAAAGAGCAGUUAGAAACAGCCCAAAACAAAAGGGAACAUUAUUUUCAGAAGAGUAUGGAAUGAAAAGUGAGCACGGUGGGAAAGAAAAAUUAAGUAGUGCCUGAAAUGUGCCCUUAUGAGCGAAUGAUGAAAAUGGAAGGAGAUAGGAUAGACUAAGGCUAAGACAUGAAGAACGAGUCGUAGCAAAUAUUUCCGAGAAUAGAGAAAAUUGGCUUAAGAUAUAAAGGACUGGAGGUGCAUGACCAACCAGUUUUUAGACUGACGACCGACCCUAUGAUGAUGACGGUGAGGAUGAUGAUAAUAUCUGAAGCAAUUUAUUUAACAAAUAUUCCACACUUCAACUUUUGACGCCUGUUUUCCGGGAGAAGUGACAGUAAUAGGAAUUUGGGCAAAAAAAAAAUAGAUACACCACAUUCUGUAAACACCACACCAGAUAUGAAAAUCGCUUGAUUGGUGGUUACACGCAGCAACAGAACUAAUUCCAUCAAAUAAAGUGGAAAACCUUGUAUCUGGUAUUAUUCCAAUCUAAAAUCUGAAUCAACGUCAACGAUAAAGAGUCGAAUGAAUUACACGGCGCGUGGAGCGUGGAUCGGUAUUUUACUUGUUCGUGAAAAAAAGCCAAAGAAGGACGCUACUGUUCGCUCCAGGUCUCAUCAAACCCGUUGUCGACGCGCCGUGUAAAUCCCAUGUUACACGGCGCGUGGAUUGCCAAUCGCUCCAUGUAACGGGUUGAGCAUGGACACCCGAGCAGAGCGUGGAUCGACGCUCCACGUGCCCUGUAACAUGACCUUAACGAAGCAAUUGAAAAAUCUUAUCUUACGUGGUACUUAAAACAAAAUACACUCAAACGGUUUAAAUCACAGUAAUCUCUGUUAACUGUGCAGUUGUGAUUGCAUGUUCCAAAAAAUCAUGCUUAAAACAGCGAACGUGUUCUUCCUGGUGGCGAUUAUUUUAUUAGUUUAUAAUAUAUUGAACUUUUUCGGUACCCCAGAAAGUAUCCUAACAAGUACAAACCAAUUCAGGAGGAGACUGGUAUCAGUAGAAGUUAAUCGCAAGAGUAUACAUGAACAAGAUGCUGCAAACAAUACAAUUGAUUACGUUGUUCCUGUCGAAGAAGGCGAUCAAACUGAAGAAAAGAGUGCCAUUUUCCACAACGUUUCAAAAUCGACUCAGUGUAUAGACAAGCCGUUGAAGAAAAACAUUGAGCAGCGAGGAAAUUAUUAUGUUCUGUAUAAUUAUGUGAUGGCCGAAAGAAGUGUCAGGUGUUACGAAUCAGUGACGUAUUCAACCCAGGGUGAUUUAAACUUUCUGGACAAUCUGGUUCCCUUGGUAGAACGAUGGAAAGGACCUGUAAGCGUUUCAGUGUACGCACCUGGUACAGACUUCCUUUUGGCACUGCGAACUAUUCUGUACUUAAGAGAAUGCACGAGUCCACUCAUCAAGGAAUAUGUCAGUUUUCACCUAUUCUUUGAGGCCAAAUAUACUCCAAAGAUUAAUUCAACCCCCCUACUCGGCAACAACAUCAUGGAGCAACAGAAAUAUAUUACGUGUAAAAUGACACCACCGCACCAAAUAGUCAGCCGUGAUCAACAAUUCAGAACAAAAAACAAUCUGCUGUAUCCUAUAAACGUAGCCAGAAAUACUGCCAGACUGGCUGCUCAAACUCACUUUAUCUUAUCAUCGGAUAUGGAGCUGUAUCCUUCACCAAAUUUCAUUCCAAAAUUUUUAGAAAUGAUUGCCAAAAAUGAAGAACUUCUGCAAAGUGACGAGCCACAGGUGUUUGUACUUCCUCACUUCGAGGUGGAAGAAGGCUACGAUGUUCCAAUGGAUAAAACGACACUUGUCGAAAUGGUGCAGAAUAGAUCGGCAAUUUUCUUCCACGAACAUCUUUGCAGAAGGUGCCACAUGGUGCCUUAUAGCUACCGCUGGUUGAACACCCCAGAAACCGACACGCUCAACGUUUUUGGAAAGACCAAAAGGGUUGGAUUUCAAAAAUCGUGGGAGCCCUUUUAUGUUGGAACCAAUGAUGACCCACUGUUCGACGAAAGACUUACAUGGGAAGGUCAGAAAAAUAAAAUGACACAGAACUAUAUUCUUUGUCUACUGGAUUACACUUACUUAAUACUGGACAACGCAUUCCUAGUCCAUAGACCGGGGAUAAAAAAGGCAAAGGUACAAAUGAACGAAUAUGCGGAAAUUGUCAACGAAACAUCUUUUUUCGUAAAACAAACCAUUAAACCAGAAAUUAAUUCACUGUAUGGUACUAGACCAGGAUGCGAUUUGAAGUGAAUAAUCCCCACAAGUAUAACGCAGUAUUGUUUAAUUAGAUAAUUAUAUUUUGCAAACAGAAUCUCCCAAGUUGCCUAUAUCUGUAUGUUUAUACUAAACUAACUGUAAGACCUUAACCAAUCUAGAUAUUAUACAUUGUAAAUGAAAUAACUUGCAGAUAUGCCUAUUAUACUACAUUAGGUAAAAAUAUAAUAUUGUUUUUAAAGCUUU